AAAGAAAAACCCAAUCUACUCCUCUCUCCUCUCUAACUUCUCUCUAAGGUUCCACCUCUUUUUCCAAAUCAGUGUGCUAAAAGAACAUUAAAGUCUUCAUUAUUUAUGUGUGUGUUGCAACAUAGACACGAUAACAGUCGAAAGAAGAGAGAAGAAGCAGACGCAAAAAGAAAAAAUGGCGAAUCUUUCGUCCUCUCUACUACUAUCAUCUUCUCCUCCUUCUCUAUGCAAACUCAGAUUCUCGCCUCCAACAACUCAUUUCAUCUCUUUCUCGCCUCGAACAAGUCUCUCCUCAUCCACAAUCUCCCCGGCGAUGAUUCUCUCUCUCCCUGUCAAACAUAGAAACUCGCUCCAGGAGAUGGUCUCCGGCACGAAACGGAAGUACUACAUGCUCGGAGGGAAAGGAGGAGUCGGCAAGACCAGCUGCGCUGCUUCUUUAGCUGUGAGGUUCGCCAACAACGCACACCCGACUCUCCUUGUGUCCACAGAUCCAGCACACUCACUUAGCGAUUCUUUUGCUCAGGAUUUGACUGGAGGAAUGCUUGUGCCUGUUGAAGGACCUGACUCUCCUUUGUUUGCUCUUGAAAUAAACCCUGAGAAGGCUAGAGAAGAGUUUCGUAGCGCCUCCCAGAUGAAUGAAGGAACUGAGGUUAAAGACUUUAUGGAUGGUAUGGGACUUGGGAUGCUUGUUGAACAGUUGGGAGAACUUAAACUUGGAGAAUUACUAGACACACCGCCUCCUGGAUUGGAUGAAGCCAUUGCCAUCUCUAAGGUCAUUCAAUUCUUGGAAUCACCUGAGUAUAACAUGUUCACUAGAAUCGUGUUUGAUACUGCACCAACUGGGCAUACACUGAGACUACUCUCCUUACCAGACUUCUUAGACGCGUCCAUAGGUAAAAUCCUGAAGCUUAGGAAGAAAAUAACCUCAGCUACAUCAGCAAUCAAAUCAGUGUUUGGGAAAGAAGAUAACCAGCCUGAUGCUGCUGACAAAUUGGAAAGACUAAGAGAAAGGAUGGUUAAAGUACGCGAGCUUUUUCGUAACACAGAGUCAACAGAGUUCGUCAUUGUCACUAUCCCAACGGUAAUGGCUGUGAGCGAGUCUUCUAGAUUAAGUGCUUCCUUGAAGAAAGAAAGUGUCCCCGUCAAAAGACUUGUUGUUAAUCAGAUUCUCCCUCCCUCCUCCUCGGAUUGCAAAUUUUGUUCCAUUAAGAGAAAGGACCAGAUGCGCGCUCUAGAUAUGAUACGAGAGGAUUCGGAACUCUCUGCUUUGACAUUAAUGGAGGCUCCCCUGGUCGAUAUGGAGAUCAGAGGUGUCCCUGCUCUGCGCUUCUUGGGCGAUAUCAUUUGGAAAUGAGAUUCUCACCACAUUAUAUUUAUGUAAAGAAGAAGAAGAAGAAGCAGGUUCGGUUGUGCAUGAGAUAGUGUUGGCUGAUACAUUAUACAUAGUUUUGGUACAGAUGUUGGAAUUGCUGCUAUUAGAUGAACCAAAUCCCUCGCUCUUUGAGACUUUGAUGGGUGCAUAAUGUUCGAUUCAAAACGUCAGUGCUUAGAAACAAUGAAUAUUGAGCCUCAGGAUAUUUUACAUUGAUCUUUUUCUGUAGACUA